AAAUUGAUUUCAUUAAAGUUUACUUUUUUCCAUUUGAAAAGCGUUGUAAACUUACAGCAUGCCUAUUGCAAACAACAAUUUUGCUGUAGCGGACUGGAUUAUAUUUGCCGGAAGCCUUUUUCUUUCGGGAUGUAUCGGUAUUUUCUGUGGUGGAAAACAGAGGACCACGAAGGAUUUUCUGAUGGGAAAUCGAGAACUGAAGACACUUCCUGUAGCUGUAUCAAUUUUGAUGUCCUUCUUCUCUGCCAUUUUGAUUUUGGGGGCACCAGCAGAAAUGUAUACCAAUGGCACCCAAUAUUAUAUUUACGUCUUCGGCCAGAUGGCAGCAGCUGCCUUUGGAGCGAUUCUCUUUGUUCCUUUGUUUUAUCCUCUUAAGCUUACCAGCGUGUUUGAGUACGUUGAACUUCGCUUUAAAUCUAGAGCAACGCGUUUGACAGUUACUGCCAUAAACGCCUUUACAACGAUAAUACACACUGGGGUGACAUCGUUUGCUCCAUCAACAGCCCUUCAGGCUGUAUCUGGAUUUCCUGAAUGGGCCUCGUUUUUACUGAUUGGAUGUGUUUGCACAUUCUACACUUUCCUGGGUGGCCUAAAAGCUGUGGUGUUGGUCAAUGUUUUCCAGUUCAUCGUUAUGUUUGGAAGUCUACUAGCUAUCAUAGUUACGGCAACUGCUGAAGUCGGUGGUUUUGGAAAUGUCUGGGAACUAAAUGAUGAAUGGGGUCGAAUAGAUUUUUGGAAUUUUGAUGUUGAUCCAACAAUACGCCACACUUUCUGGGCUCUAACUGUUGGGGGAAUGUUGAGCUGGAUUGGGUCGUUUGGCGCCAGCCAGCAGAGUAUACAGAGAUUCUCUGCCCUCCCGUCACUAAGACAAGCUAAACUAGCCGUCCUCCUAAACUGUGUGGGAGUGUGUGUGAUGGUGACCUGUGCGUGUGUAGCCGGUAUAUCUGUAUUUGCGUACUACGUCAUGAAAGGAUGUGAUCCUUACACCAACAAAGACAUCCAAAAUACAAACCAGAUUAUUCCCAAUUUUGUGAUGGAGAAGUUAAAUUUUCACGGCGUACGGGGUCUCUUCUUUGCUGCUCUUUUCAGUGGGGCCUUAAGCAAAAUAUCUGCAAAUUUGAGUUCUCUCGUGACCACGAUGUGGGAGGACGUCAUCAAACCUCACGUUCACAAAAAAUCAGACGUCGUGCAAAUGAGGAUAACGAGAUGCUUGGUUUUGCUCUUUGGGGCAAUCGGUGUCGGGGCUUCCUUUGUCGUGAGAAGUCUUGACGGAACUGUAUUACAGGUAUCCCUGAGUUUCAUGGGGACCGCUAGUGGUGCCUUGAAUGGUUUUAUAGUGCUGGGGGCCUUCUUUCCUUGUUGUAAUUGGAUUGGAGCAAUAGUAGGUCCUAUUGUGUCUUAUGCUGUCAUGAUGUGGAUUAGCAUCGCCAAGUACAGUGUCAUCGGAGUCGAAGAAAAGCUUGAUUUCCCUGCGCUGAACUGUACUGUCAAAAACGCAAGCAGGUCGCUUGUCACUAACAAAAUCACACCUUACCUAAUGACAUCUGAAAUCAACAUGAUUACAACGGUGAAUAGCCAUAUUCCGAUGGCAACUGAUGAACUGUCUGGAUUGGAUCGUCUAUAUUCGCUGUCCUACCUCUGGUACGCUACUCUCGGAUUGAUUAUAUCCGUCGUGGUCGGCUUGGUUGCUAGCUUUAUUACAAGCCCUACGAAACCUGAAGAUGUUGACCCUGCUUAUCUGAUCCCUUGGUGUGACAGGCUCUGUUGUUAUCUUCCGUCAUCAUUAAGAACCUACUGUCAUUCUGGGGUUGAGCAUGGAAGUCAGGAGUCAGUACUCAGCAUUCGGUAUACGAAAUCAUUGGAGGAAAAUAAAAGGAAUGAACCACACGUCUUCGUGUUAUCAAACGACAACAACAUCAACGACCAACGUCAAUCGAUGGAUGCUAAUUAGGAUGAGCAGGAGAAAUGAUAUUUGGUUUAUCUUGAGUAGAAAUGGAUUUGUUGUUGCUAAGUGAAAACCAUCUUCCCACUGUGCGUGAUUAUUAUGUAGAUUCAUUCCCUUCCCACUCUAUAACAGUCCGAACGUCACCAGUUGUUUUUCCAAAAUAAUAUGCUUAUACUCAAGAUAGCCAAACGUGUUUACAAUUGCAUAUCCUUAUCAUUGUGAAUAAAUAUAUGUAUUCAAAUGGGCGAAAACAAAAGCCUUGGGAUGUUUCCAAAAUCUGAACAUCUACAAGAAGAGUACCGCUAAAGGUACAGCAUGUCCGUAAGAUCGUCAGUGCAAUAUCUGUAUAUAUAAUAAGUCCAGAAAACAAUCUCGCCUACGUUUACCUUUUUCACUCAUAUUACGACGUCACCAGCCGUAGGUGAAGUAUCACAAACUUAGAAUAUGCUGAGCGCUCAGGGCAGUAACAGUGUGGGUUUUUUUCUUUAUCGUGACUACGCCUGCGAAGACACGGUCCCUUCGUUUUAAGGUCAUAUGUGAAAUACCCGUAAUUCUCAUUUCGAAAUGGCGAGCGUUUAGUGAGGAAGCAGUCACGUAUUUGAACGUCUCAAGUUUGACGCGGGGCUCGAACACACGACCUCCCGGUUACGAAACGAACGCUCUACCACUGACCUACUGCUACCGGUGUAAUAUACUGGAGCUUACGGUUCAUUUUGCAUACAAGGGACGGACGACGCCAUACAAUAAUACGGGACGGGCGUUGUUUUUUUUUGUUGUCUAGAACAAGGUGUUAUACUUACUGUGGGUUUGAUAUGUAUCAAAAACGUCUACAAGAAACAGUGUGCCAUCUUUAUGAAUAUGGUAUAAUGCUAUUAAAAAAGGACUCGUGUGA